AAUUUACGUUUGGAAAAUCAAUUUCCUGUGAUGUGACCGCCGCCAUGACAGAUGUUCCGUCGAUGCUAGCGAGGCAAGAAAAUGGACGCUUCCGGUCUCCAACCGACUUCGCUUACAGCGGCGGCUAAUUCGCUCACCCUUUUGUUAUAAGACACUCAAAUCUAAAUGCUACUAUUUUCUUCGAAGGGGUAGUUCGCUAAUUGGACAAGUUACCGUCGUCAUUUCUUAACGUUUUUUUUGGUUUAGCUUGAGGCCAGUCGCAACUGUUAGCCGGCUAAAGUACGAAGCUAGCGCGACGCCUCUGGUAUUAAUAUUUGUUUGAUAUAUAUAUUUCCCCCAACAAACAGACAACGCUUACAGUGACACAGGUUUCCGCCGCUAAAGGUAUAAAAGGGACAAGUGGUAGGAAAUGGAUAGAUGGAAUGGACGGCCUGGAUGUGAUCAGAAGGUGCCGGGGAUGGAAAGGUGGACGGCUUCUGGCGAAAUGCUCCCUUUUGACCCAUAUUUUAGCUCUGAAGCAAGAAAGAGACCUAUUUUUUGUGAUGAAACAGAAGAGCCCAUGAGGAAGAUGCCCAUGCCCGAGUUUGGUUCCUGGCAUGGAUUUGAGCCUGUGCACUUUGUGAGCAGCGGAGGAGGAGCAUAUGGCGCUGACGAGAAGGGGAACGAUAAGGAACCCAGAAGGAGUGAUCCGUACGCCGGGUGGGACAGGGAAUAUCCACACGCUUCUCACAGCAGCAGUGGCAGAGCUCAACGCUCCUUCCUUAAUCCUGCUUUUGACCAAGUACAGCCAUACACGUCUGACUCUUGGGGUUCCCAUAGGGAUCGAGGCUCGGAGAGAAACUCUGGCGCCUCUUUCGGUGGUGCAGUUGGUUUAGGUUACGGGGGCCACGGAUCCUCAUCAAACUUAAUGACAAAGAUACAGCAGGAGUACUCAAACAAGUAUGAUGCCCGCAGUUCUCAAAACUUAGAUAUGUACUCGCAACCACACAGUUACAAUGAAUACGGGAGAGGGAACAGACCGGACUCUGGACGUCAAGGUUUAGGGUAUGAUCACCAGGACCCCCAAUCAUCCACCCGGCCUCAUAAUGAUCACCAGGACCCCCUAUCAUCCACCCGGCCUCAUAACCGAGCAUCUACCACCUCUCAGCUGGGGGUUGCAUCGCAGCCCCUCCCUAUCUCUCAGGGCACACUAGUUGAGAAGAAAUUAGAUAUGUACUCACAACCACACAGUUACACCACCCGGCCUCAUAAUGAUCACCAGGACCCCCAAUCAUCCACCCGGCCUCAUAACCGAGCAUCUACCACCUCUCAGCUGGGGGUUGCAUCGCAGCCCCUCCCUAUCUCUCAGGGCACACUAGUUGAGAAGAAAUUAGAUAUGUACUCACAACCACACAGUUACGCCACCCGGCCUCAUAAUGAUCACCAGGACCCCCAAUCAUCCAUCCGGCCUCAUAACCGAGCAUCUACCACCUCUCAGCUGGGGGUUGCAUCGCAGCCCCUCCCUAUCUCUCAGGGCACACUAGUUGAGAAGAAAUUAGAUAUGUACUCACAACCACACAGUUACGCCACCCGGCCUCAUAAUGAUCACCAGGACCCCCAAUCAUCCACCCGGCCUCAUAACCGAGCAUCUGCCACCUCUCAGCUGGGGGUUGCAUCGCAGCCCCUCCCUAUCUCUCAGGGCACACUAGUUGAGAAGAAAUUAGAUAUGUACUCACAACCCCACAGUUACAAUGAAUACGGGAGAGGGAACAGACCAGACUCCGGACGUCAAGGUUUAGGGUAUGAUCACCAGGACCCCCAAUCAUCCACCCGGCCUCAUAAGGAUCACCAGGACCCCCAAUCAUCCACCCGGCCUCAUAAGGAUCACCAGGACCCCCAAUCAUCCACCCGGCCUCAUAAUGAUCACCAGGACCCCCAAUCAUCUACUCAGCCUCUUAACCAAGCAUCUGCCACCUCUCAGCUGGGGGGUGCAUCACAACCCCUCCCUAUUUCUCAGGGCACACUACUUGAGAAGAAAAAGCUCAUUGCCAGUUUGGCUUCUGCAUUGACUAGCGAACUUAAGGAUCCUCAGUUCGUCAUUUCCACCAACACUUCAAAUUACAGCGUCUUGCUGAGUCGCAGCAUUCAAACGUGCAAGACCAACCCGCAGUACACUUACGUCAAUCUGAAAGAUAUUCCUCAGGCCGACCUACCCAAGAACCGCAAAGUGCCGGCGGAAGGCUAUGCCUGUGAGCUGAGGUUUCAGGGUGUGUAUCUGGCCACAGGAUACUCUGGAAGUAAAAACGGCGCAAGGGACCGCGCCUCUGAGUGCGCUGUCAAACUUUUUAUGAAGCCUGUGACGGUCUGUACGGUGUCGCGCAAGUACUACCACACAGUGUUCAAUGACCUGGUUGUGCGGCAUAGGAACUGCUUCACUCCUUCCUUCCCACCUGCCCUUGGGAAACCAGAGAACAUCGGAUACCCCAGCUUUAAGGGCCCCUACGAGCCCGACAUGACGAAGCACUGGACAGAGUUUGUGGUUCAGGAGAACGCCCAAGAUGCCAUCUGCAUACUCAAUAACUCUGCAGCCUUCUGUCAUAUGAAGGUAGACUACAAGUUUGAGCAGCUGCCCAACGCUUCGUGGCUAUGCAGCGUUUAUGUGCAGGAUGAAAUGGUUGCACAGGCCACUGGAAACAAAAAGAGCUCCAAGCAUUUUGCGGCAGUAGACGCACUAGAAAGGCUACGCAAGAACCAGGCGUCACGCCAACCCAAACACCCCCACCAGAAGCAGCAGCAGCAAAAAAAGCCGCAGGAGACAUGGAAAACUGAUAUGUCGGUGUCAGGUUGGCAGUUUCGACAGCGUGGCUCAAAAAAUAAACAUCUGAGUGAGUUGGUUAUAUUUGAAAAUUCGGACAAUGCCAUUUGCAUCAUCAACGACACGGCUCAGUUUAACAAAAUACCAGCCGACUACAAGUUCACACGCGAACCCGAUGAUAACUGGAAGUGUGAAGUCUUCCUGGCAGGACAGUUUGUGGCAUCAGCUGUCGGAGCUAAAAAGCAGGUUAAGCACACUGCAGCAGAGGAGGCCUUGGCCACAUUGAAGCAGACGCAGGCCGUGGUCAAGUCCAACCUGAGAAAGGAUGGUCACAAUGACUCCAUAUCCCGCUCUCAGAUCAUGGGUCGUUCUGACGAAGAGGCCAUAAAGCAGGAGAUAAAGGAAGACAACAUCGGGAACCAGUUGCUGCGUAAGAUGGGGUGGAAGGGAGGCGGCUUGGGGCGGGACGGAGAGGGCAUUGCAGAGCCCAUCAGAGUCAAGAAGCAGUUCUCCAGGGAGGGUUUAGGCUUGGACAGUGACAAAGGCAGCGGCCAGCUCAGCAAACAGGACAUUGAGGACAUCAUUCGCAAUUACGUCAGGUCGGGCCGCCAGGACGACCUCCGCUUCGCCUCCGACCUGACCAAUGAGGAGCGCAAGCAGAUCCACCAGAUGUCGCUACAUUACGGCCUAAGGAGCAAGUCGUACGGACAGGGGAGUCAGCGAUUCCUAGUGGUCAGUCGCAAAGUUGACGCAAACCAGCUCAUUGGUCAGCUCCUACAGGAAGGACAGGUGGGACGAUAUGAACUUGUAAAACCUCAGGCCUCUGAUUGAUUUACACAAACAAAUCACUGCAGUCCAUUUGUGUGAGAUAAAGCCAGUCAUGAUAUGGACUCUUUCAGGUAACGCCUGGGGUAGGGCUGCCCAAUAAUCACAUUUGAAUCACGGUCACUAUUAUGGCUGCCACGAUGAAACUAGGAUGAUCUAAAGCAUUUUGAGAGUGCGACCAAAAUAACGGUACGUAUUUCAUAGGGAUGUAACGUUACCAAAAUGUCACAGUACGAUUUUUUUUAAGGCCAUGGAAUGAUAUUGUGGAAUUGUCCCAAAAAAUAAAAAAGUCAUGGUAAAAAUGUCAGUGUUAAAGUGGCAGGAAUGUUUAGGAUAAACACACUAUAAUUUAACACAAACAUAAUGCUCAAAUGUUCUAAUCUAAUUUAUUACUGCAGACUUGUAUUUGUAAGUGCAGAGAAUUGUGCGGAAACGUCCACACAUUAGCUUCAAAUAUAUUUUUCGCGUGAUGGUUUAUCAAGUAGCUUGUCAUAUCUUUUGUGGUGUGCAAUGUCUGCUUUCCCUCCACGGCUGUGCGCCAUGACACGCGCUCUGUCGGCUUGGAAACGCAUGAGACAAUGGUACCGCUUUAGUACGCAGGGUUUCUUUCUCUGUCAGCAAUAUAACAAAGAGUUAUGAAUGGAUUUUGAUGAAAUGUUCAGGAAAUGUCCAUUCUAAACAAUUCCUCUUCUCUACUACGGCCACACUUCUCUCCCUUGCGCAGAGGAUUAUGGGAAAUGUAGUUUAUUUUUUACAUCGGCCAAUGCAAACGCGCCAGGCAAAAAAACUACACUCACCAAGUUUUUGUUUGACACCGUCAGACAUCACAGCAUUAUUGUGACUUCUUUGAAACAUUAAUAUUUACAAUACCGUUACAUCCCUAGUAUUAUUUUAAGUUUCAUUUUGAACUGAUAUCCAAUUGUGAUUUCAAUAUUAAUAAAAAUAAUAAUUUUGGCCAUAAUUGUGCAGCCAUAGCCCAGGUGGGGUAGAGUUCCUGCAAAAAGCCCUUUUUCUGCCUCUCGCAUAACCUUACAUUUCUUUGCGCAUACUUGUUAUAAGUACUACAUCUUGAUUUAUGUUCGUACCAAGCCGGAAAUAAGACUAUUCACUGUGUUAGCAUUUACCACGAGGCGAUUCAAGCGACUGAUGGUAGUAUGGCCCCAUGAACUGUGAUGGGAGUAAUGCAUCAUGCAAUACUCAACUGUGGUUUCACUUUUUCCUGGUCAUUGUACGCAAGUCACUCUUUCUGUUUAUUGGCAGACCGUAGAUGUGAAUAAACUCAAACUGAUAUCA